CCCUCGCCUCAGCCCCAGCGCCCCUCGGCUACCCUCGGCCCCGCCCACAGCACCACCCACCCUCGGCAGCCCCAACGCCCGCCUGGGCCAGGGCCACAGCCCCUGGCUUGCUUGCCUAGGCCCACCGGCUUCCGGCCCGCCCCCUAUGGGCCCCGGCUAGAGGCACUGCCGCUGCUGGCCAGGAGAGCCGCCAUGCUGGCUUGGAGGAAGCCGGUGCUGCAAGUGCUCACCAUCAACCCUGCCAUCACCAAGGGCCCAUCCCCCACCAGCGAGGGUGCCUCCGAGGCAAACCUGGUGGACCUGCAGAAGAGGCUGAAGAAGCUGCAACUUGAUGAGCAGCAGAAGAGGAGGCUGCAAGCCUUCCUCACCCAGAAAGCCAAGGUUGGCAAACUCAAAGAUGAUUACUUCAAAAGGAUCUCAGAGCUGGGCAUGGACAACAGCAGGGUGGUCACCAAAGUCCAGCACAGACCCUUGGGACUCAUCAUGGCCAGGAAGCUGAUCCACCUUGAAAUCAAGCUGGCCAUCUGGAACCAGAUCAUCUGUGAGCUGCAGGUCCUGCUCCAGUGCAACUUACCAUACAUCAUGGGCUUCUACGGGGCCUUCUACAAUGACGGCUCCAUCUGCAUGGAGCACACGGAUGGUAGCUCCCUGGACCAGGUGCUGAAAGAGGCCAAGAGGAUUCCCGAGGAGAUCCUGGGGAAAGUCAGCACUGUGGUCCUCUGGGGCUUGGGGUACCUCUGAGAGAAGCACCAGAAUCACGCACGAGAUGUGAAACCCUCCAACAUCCUGGUGAACUCCAGAGGGGAAAUCAAACUGUGCGACUUAGGGGUGAGCAGGCAGCUCAUCGACUCCAUAGCCAGCUCCUUUGUGGGCACACGCUCCUACAUGGCUCUGGAGCGGUUGCAGUGCAUGCAUUACUCCGUGCAGUACGACAUCUGGAGCAUGGGCCUGUCCCUGGUGGAUCUGCCCUUUGGAAGAUACACCAUCCCUCCCACCUGACACCAAGGCCGGCCUGUGGUCAACGGGGCAGGAGGAGAGCCUCAUAGCAUCUCGCCUCGGCCGAGACCCCCCAGGCACCCCAUCAGAGGUCAUGGGAUGGACAGCCAGCCCGCCAUGGCCAUCUUCGAACUGCUGGACUAUAUUGUGAAUGAGCCACCUCCUAAGCUGCCCAAUGUUGUGUUCACCCUGGACUUCCAGGAGUUUGUCAAUAAAUGCCCCACCAAGAACCCAGCGGAGUGGGCGGACCUGAAGAUGCUCACAAACCACGCCUUCAUCAAGCGGUCUGAGGUGGAAGAAGUGGAUUUUGUUGCCUGGUUGUGUAAAACCCUGUGGCUGAAGCAGCCCAGCACACCCACACACACACUCACCGUCGCGUGACAGUGGCCAAGCUCCCCUUGUCCCACUGAUGACCUGCCCACCAUCCCUGUCCACGCCCCGCCCUUCCAGCUGA